GAAAUGUUUGUAUGCACAGUAAUUCUAUCAUUGCAAAUGUUGGUUGAACGACAGUGGUGUUAAGUAAUUGUAAAUAUGUCAUUAACGGAGGUUAUAUGUCAUACGUAGCCUCAGAUAACACUACAUAACUUUGAAACUGUUUUAUCCUAUUGUAUAAUUAAACAAUGUCGAUAGUCGUCUGUCGAUUCUGAUUAUUUCCUUAUACCAUGAUGGGAAUAUUGUAUGAGAAAAGGCCACUAAAACGGCCUAAAUUAGGGCCGCCUGACGUCUAUCCUCAAGAACCUAAACAGAAAGAAGAUGAACUUACGUCCACAAAUGUCAAACUGGGCUUUGCCACAAUGCCCCAGAUGUCAGAGGAAUUUGGGACAGCAAGACAUUGUAAUGUCACUGCUGCCAAAGUUGGAGCAUAUUUCAAUGCAAUUUUGGCUAAGAAAGAAGAGCUCUCUACGAUGCCAGACACUGCAAGGAAACGACAACAAAUCAAUCCAAAAGAUAAUUUUUGGCCAGUAACUGCUAGAACAAAAAAUGGCAUUGAGGCCUGGUUCAAAGAUUUGUCUGGGUGUAAACCACUGAUAGCUCUUGCUAAGAAAGCUCCUAACUUCAAUAAGAAAGAAGAAAUAUUCAUGAUGCUUUGUGAGUAUCAAGUACCAAUGCUUAGAGCAGCUUGGUUCAUUAAACUUAGCUCUGCUUAUACAGUAGCAGUUUCAGAAGCCAAAAUAAAAAAGAGGCAGUUGCCUGACCCAACUACAGAAUGGACAGGAACACUUAUUAAAUUCUUGAAGGAUCAGCUUUCAAAACUACAGGAAUAUUAUUAUAUAAAUAAUAAUACAACAAGUAGUACUAGUAGUAAUGGUAUUGCAAAUAAUUCUUGUAGUGGAAACAAUACUGGAAAUAACAAUAAUAAUAACAACAAUAACAAUAAUGUCAGUAAUAAUGUUAAUAAUAAUAAUAAUGGAGUAUCUAAUAAUCAGCCAGCUACACCAAAUUCAAGUAACCAAGUAGCAACUGGAAAUACUAUGAACGAGGAACAUAAAUUAGCAUUAAAACAAUGGCAUUAUUGCAUACAAUUGGCAAAGUAUAUGUUUGAAGAAGGUUUAUUAGAUAGGCAAGAAUUAUUACAAUGGAUUUUAGAAUUAUUAGAUAAAAUUAAAUCUUCCCCUUCAGAAAAUGGUAUUUUGAAACUUCUGUUGCCAUUGGCAUUGCAGUAUUUAGAGGAAUUCGUGCAAUCUGAAUUAUUAGCCAGACGUCUGGCAUAUUUGUGUUGCCGCAAAUUGGCACAUAUGUGUAGUAACGUAGAAACCAAUGGCAAUCCACAAAGUCCGUCCAUAAAUAAAAGUGAUGUUAACAGUGGGAAAGACACUGCCAUUGCUAAUCAAGUUCAAAAUCCAUUAACUGCUGCCUUUAAUGACUAUUUGUCUUGUCCACAUCACAGGGAUGUGGUUUAUAGUUUGUCAACAAUAAUACAGGUUAUAACACUAGAAUGCCCUACUGCAUUAGUGUGGAAUAGCGUUGGCGAAGGAAAAGCUCCAUCUGUAUUAAAUGGUUCUCCUUUAGAUUAUUUACCAUGUCCCCCUACAGCUUUACCAUGUCCACCUGUGAGUGCAACUAAUCCUACAAUAAAACAACUGAAAAUUGCUCAAAAAAAUAUUCGAGCAAGAUCUCAAGCUGCUGAAGGAAAAUGGUCAUGUGAUAAGUGGCAGCAAAGCAGUGCUGGAAUAACAACAACUAAAGUACUGGCAGCCUUAGAUGCUUUAGAUCGGCAUAGUUUUGAUAGAAUGGAUUCUACUAAUUCGUUAGAUACUUUGUAUGCUAAAAUAUUUACAUCACCUCCAAAAGAUAAUACCAAUGAACGAGAUACAAAAACGGAAUAUAAUCCGCAACAAGAUUCUGCUGUAGUUGAAAUUCUAUGCGAAUGGGCAGUGAGCGCUGAAAGGUGGGGAGAGCAUAGAGCAAUGGCAGUUGCGAAGCUGCUGGAAAAACGGCAAAGUGAAGUUACUGGAGAAACGAACGAUAACGAUGAUAAAGACAGUAUUUGUAGUAAUGGAAAUCCACCCGUGCUCCCAAUUUUUCAAUCAUUACUUAUGAAAUUCUUGGACAUGGAUGCCCCGGUACUAGAUAAUACAACAACUCAGUCAAAAGUUCAGUUCACGAAUUUGGUUCACUUAUUUUCAGAAUUAAUUAGACAUGAUGUAUUUUCACACGACGCAUACAUGUGUACACUCAUCUCAAGAGGAGAUCUCAUACAAGGUAGGAUAAGCUUUUUACAAAUUUUUCCAUCAUCUAUUACCGUAGAUACAUAUUUUACUAUUUUAUUUUAUUUAGGCCCUGUGGCUAGCAAACCUGGAACUCCGAGUAAUCGAGAACAAAUAGACGAAGACAGCUUGUUUACUGGGAUAGAUUUAAAACCAACAAAAUUAGAAGUACCAGAUCACGGACGAACGAUGGAUUAUGAUGAUAGUAAAAUUGACGAUGAUUUAGAUAAAUUAUUACAACACAUCAAAGAGGAUCAACAAAAUAGCAUGGAUGCACCUGACAGUCCUAAAGAAGAUGCAUUAGCUGGGCAUGGAACUCAAGAAGGAUUAGAUUCAAAAAUACCAUCGAGUCACAGUAGACAUUUAUUAUAUACAACGCAUUUCCCUUUACCACAAGAUGAGACAUGCAGUCAACAUGACUGUAAUCAACGACAUGUAUUACUGUAUGGAGUAGGUCGCGUUAGAGACGACGCUAGACAUAUUGUUAAAAAAAUGACGAAAGAAGUAUGUAAAUUAUUCGGAAAAAAAUUUAGCAUUGACGUUGCAGAAGGUGGUAAAGUAAAGAAACAUUCCCGAAGUGAAUUCAACUUUGAAGCGAUUACGCUAAAGUUUCAGAAUCUCAGCUAUUUCGAUCAACACGUAGUGACGUGGCAAUGCGCGACACAAGUUAUAGAAAUGUUGAAUACAUUUGCAUUGGCUGGUUCAUCUUAUUUGCCAGUCCAAGAACAUGUAGCAUUUCUAUUUGAUUUAAUGGAAUUAGCGUUAAAUAUAUAUGGCCUGAUAGAUGUUUGCAUUCAAAUACUAAAGGAAUUACCAGAAGUUGAAACACAAUUGGGAAUUAGAAACAGUCAGCUUGUUAGAAGCUAUACUACAAGUUUAAGUUUAUAUGUUGUAGGAGUAUUAAGAAGAUAUCAUUGUUGUUUGUUAUUAUCUCCGGAACAAACAACAGCGGUAUUCGAUUUACUUUGUAAAGUUGUAAAGCAUGUAUCCAAUCCUAGUGACUGUAGUUCUGCUGAACGAUGUGUAUUAGCGCAUCUUUACGAUUUAUACUCAUCUUGUUCGUUGCUGAAAACGAAACCACAUGGAGUUGAAGCAUUUAGCAAUGCUUAUCCUAAAAUCCGAACGGCUCUUUACAGCACGUUACAACCAACAACAUCGAGUCAUGUGUAUAAUUCACAAUUUAUGGUAGACGUUUUUACCAGUCCAAGACGCGGUGGAAAAAUCGAACCACAAUGGGCUAGACAGUUGAACGAGACACCGGCUAAUCGUUACAGUUUUGUUUGUAACGCAAUAGUUGCAGUUUGCAGUGAAACGGAUAAUGAUAAAUUAAAUGACAUUGCGAUAACAUGCGCGGAAUUAACAGCUUGUUGCAAUGCACUUAACGCCGAAUGGCUCGGAGUCCUUAUGGCACUUUGUUGUUCUUCAAAUAGCUCCGCUUUUUAUAUUGACGUGUUAAAUCAGGUUGAUGUACAAGACCUAAGUAUACAUAACUCUCUGGCUGUAUUCACGUCAAUUUUAAUUGCAAGACACUGCUUCUCAUUGGAGGAUUUUGUCGUGCAUAUAGCAUUGCCAUCCUUAGUUAAAGCUUGUAAUGAAGGUCGCGGAGACGCAGAUAUGGAAGCUGAAGCUGGAGCACGUUUAACCUGCCAUUUGCUUCUACGGCUUUUCAAGACUGUCGAAUGUCCCCAACCAGCGCUUUAUUCCGUAAGCACAAGUCCUCACCCUCUACCGAAUGGAAAUUCCAGGGGUUACAGUAUAAAAUUAAGUUGUGAUAGACACUUGCUGGCAGCUGCUCACAAUAACAUCAGGGUCGGUCCGGUUUUAGCUGUACUGAAAGCUAUCUUAGUUGUCGCCGAUGCAACUGCUGGUAAACAACCUCCAAAGAAACCAGAUGUGCCGAUAAAUCAUUCAAAUAAAGCAGGAGGACCAGCUAGUGUUGGUGUUGGUGUUGGUGUUGGGGUAACUACAGGUGGACCAAGUGAAUUGUCUAUCAGUCAUAUCCUAGGUACCAGUGAUAUUCUAGGAGGUGGCGAUGACUUGGGACUUGAUCUAGCAAUAUCUUCAUCUAGCAGCAGCGCUGGAAUGACUACGGAAAAUGUGAAAGGAUUGUCAGACUUUGCACAACAUGUCCUCAGACAAAUCUGCAGCCAAGAGUGGGUUUUAGAAAGAUGUUUACAAAACCCAGAAGAACUUUGUCAUCCGGAUAUGUUACUCGAUAAUAUGCUGACACCGCGUCAAGCUCAACGGUUACUUCAUAUGAUUUGCUAUCCGGAGACUUCUACAGACGCAUUUAUCGACCAGAAGACUCACAUAACAAACAUUUUGGAAAAUCUGGAGCAAUGGAGUUUAAGAAUGUCGUGGCUUGAUCUGCAACUCAUGUACAAACAAUUUCCUCCAGGAUCGAGCGAUCUUUCACAGUGGUUGGACACCGUUGCCAAAGCUGCAAUCGAUGUAUUUCAAUUGAAUACUAUGUCAAGUAAGCCAGACAAACGGUCUGGUUCGAUAUGGUUAGUUGCACCGCUUGUUUCAAAAUUACCAAGCGCAGUGCAAGGUCGAGUCUUAAAAGUAGCGGGCCAGGUAUUAGAAUCCGGUAAUUGGUCAAAAACAGCGACAGGUCGUGAGAGAAGUAGAUCAAAAUCGCCAUCUUUGUUUAAUCAUCAACCGUUUCUCUCGUUAGUACUCACUUGCCUCAAAGGUCAGGACGAUCAAAGAGAGGGCCUUCUAAUGUCUCUGCAUUCGCAGUUAUCGCAGUUCUUAAACAUUAGCAAAGAGGAGAAAAAUUUUGUUACCGAAGAUCCUAAGACGAGAGAGGUGUUACAAGAUGCAUUGCAAUUGAGAUUUAGUCUCGUCGGUGGAGUCUUUGAUACCAUACAAAGAAAUACGACUGCUACCACAGACUGGGCUAUCUUAUUGGUUCAGCUGGUUAGCUAUGGUGUUAUAGAUUUAAAUAAUAAUUCUGGAUUGUUUACUACUGUCAUAGAUAUGUUAGCAACCCUAAUACAUUCUACUCUAGUUUCCGAUUCGCAGUCCGAGAAGGAUGAAAAUAAAAAACAUUAUCAAAACUUAAUGAAAAAGUUGAAAAAGGAACUCGGCGAUAGAAAUUCUCCCAGUAUUCGAUAUGUCAGACAAUUGUUACCACUGCCAAAAGUAACGAUGGAAGUAAUUACGUGUGAGCCAGUUGGAUGUUUGACAGACACAAAAGGAAAUAAAAUAGCUGGUUUUGAUAGUAUUGAUAAAAAACAAGGUUUACAAGUAUGUGAUUCCCAAAGGGUAUCUGCAUGGGAAGUAUUAGAAGGUCAUAAAAAUCCAGCACCAAUUUCUUGGGCCUGGUUUAGAGCAGUUCGAUUGGAACGUAAGCCUCUUACGUACCAAAAUGCUCAUAAGCUUUUACGAUAUCAUACACAUAGUCAAAUUAGACCUCCUAGCCAUUACUUGGAGCCACCACCAUUACCUCCGGAAGAUUUAGAACCAGAUAAAAAGGAAUCAGAACCUGGCAAAGCUGAUACACCAAUGAGUAUCGAUUCUCCUGGAAGAGUAACAGGUAGUGUUGGCAGUAGUGGAGUUGGUAAUGCUAUUACCAAUGGCAAAGGGAAAGCUAUGAAGACACGAAAGCAUAGAAAGAAUAGAGGAGCUGCUACACCUACUACACCUGUUUCACAACAAAUCCAGCAACCACCAAAUCAACUACAACAAAUGUCAUUUGGAAAUCAGCAAGUACCCGUUAGUCAACAACCUGGAAUGUUUACUGGUCAACCGCCGCAACAUCAACAACCUUGGUACACCAAUCAGCAAACUCACGCACCAGCUCAGCCAUAUGGAUAUGGACAACAAUUACCACCAACUCCAGUUGGACCAAGAUAUGACAGACCAGGCAUGAACAAUCAAUCAAAACAGGCGCUUUCUCACAUGUUACGUUUACGGUUACCAUCCAAUCAAUUAAUAAGCUCUCAGCAACAAGCAAAUGCCGCACCUGUCGCUGGGCCAGGAGCGUUCCAAGGAAUGCAGAGACAACAAUUCAUCAGACAACAAUUGAGAGCUCAACAUGGAGCUCCAAAUAUCAAUCCACAACAAGGAAUGUUUGCUUCGCAACAGCAGCAACAACAACCGCAACAACAAGGAAUUUACACUGGAAUGCAACAGGGAAUGAAUCAAAAUUAUGCAGGAUAUGGGGGUCAACAAAUGAUGCCACAACAACAACAACAGCAGCAGCAACAACAGCAAGCGCCUCAACAAGCGCAGCAACAACAACAGUUGUUACAGCAGCAGCAGCAGCAACAAGGUUUAAUGAAUCAACAACAGAACAUGAUGUUUUCUAAUCAACAGCAAAUGAUGGGACCUCAAAGGGCGCAAGAGUAUAUACCACAACAACGUAUGCAACCUGGAGCUACGAGGCCACCGUACCUUCAGGUACCAUUUAAAAGAAAAGCUCCAAAUGUUACAAUGAAUACAAUGGGUCCAAUGGGAGGUGGAGUUCAAAGUCAACCAGCACCACCAUAUCGGCAAACCAGUGGAAAACCUGGUACGGUUGGUGUAACAGGAGUAGGCACUACUAACGUCGGCUUACAACAAAAUCAACAAUUCCAACAGCAACAGGCGAUAAACCAACAACGUAUGAGACAACAAAUGCUUGCAAUGCAGCAACAACAACAACAGGCACAGCAGCAACAGCAAGCACAGCAGCAACAACAACAACAAGGUAAUGCCGGUGGACAGCAGCCAACUCCACAAUUAGUAACGCAUUUACAACGGCACUUGAGUCAACCACCGCAACACUAUCAGCAUCAACCGCCGCCUUAUUAGUAAUUUAAUCUGUAUAUAAUUAAUGAAUAUGUUGUAUAAUUAACAUAAACUGUGUAGACUGGCUCAGAAGAAUUACAUAACUUAAUUUGCAGUGUGAAUGUAUAAAGCGUGCCAUUGCAGAGGCAAUAAACAGAAAGAAUUUUACAAAAAUCUUAAAA